AUGGGUGCAGUUAUUUCACAGCUUGGAUUUAAUCAGCCUUUUCUUCUCGCGUUAGCAGUGUUAGUUUCAAUUAAUUGGAUAUCUUAAUGAGUCUAAACAAGUUUGUUUCAGAAUAGUUAUUCUACUUGGUUUAACCGUCGUCGUCGUCGGCUCCGAUUCAAACGAUACAAUGAUCUGUGAUUAUACCCCAAUUGUACGUUUUUCCGAACCUAAAUCUGAAAAAGUUUAACAAAUAAUAAUUUGCAGCCUCAAAUUCGAAUAUUACCAUCGGCCGCUACUUCCUCCCAGCGUCCGCGCAAAAACAUGUAA